AUGCAAAUUUAUUUGAUUGAGCUGAUGCUUUUGCGCUUGGUCGAUCUUGAGUGUCCAAUGCCAACUUUACAUGGAAAGCAUGGCGGUUCUCAGGGGUCCUACUAUCAUUCUGGGGGAGGCGGAGCUUCUCCCGGCCGGCCUCCUGUUCUUGCAUGCCGUCCGUCUCGCCUUUUGCGGCGUUUCUUUGAGGCCCUUGCAUCUGGCCUCCUUCUCUCAUGUUAUGCCCAUAUGACGGCAUCUACUUCAAUUCCUUCUAUUCCAAACCAAGAAGAUGCGGUCAGUGUGGAAGCUGAGAAGUGUGAAUCGAAUCCAGAAGCCAGUGGUCAAGCUGGUGCUAGCAUCGGGACCAGCUGCUUUCGAAGCGGCAGCACUGGCCCUGCGGCUGGACCAAUUUCCUCGGCUAGUGAUGACAGCCAAAAUUACCACUAUGGCCUUCUCUCGAGACUUUUGGCUACCGCCCCGUUGACGCCGCAACAGCGCGAAGACCUCACCUUUGUGGCGCAUCGUGACCUCCGACGUCUAGCAUUUCGACAGCAUUGCCAGGUUUGUUUUUAUCCCUAA